AUGAAGUACGCCGUCAGUCCGCACGAGAACAUCAGCAAUAUUGCAGGAAAUAAUUCAGACUGUCCUCCUGUGGUUUUGCCAGAAGAGAUAUUUUUCACAAUAUCCAUGGCUGGAGUUUUGGAGAAUCUAAUCAUCCUUUUGGCUGUGAUCAGGAAUAAGAGUCUCCAGUCACCCAUGUACCUUUUCAUUUGCAGUUUGGCUGUUUCUGACAUGCUGGGCAGCCUGUACAAGAUCCUGGAGAACGUCCUGAUCAUGCUCAGAGACAUGGGUUAUGUCAAGCCUCGUGGCAGUUUCGAAACCACCGCCGAUGACAUCAUCGACUGCAUGUUUGUCCUCUCUCUGCUUGGCUCCAUCUUCAGCCUCUCCGCUAUCGCUGCUGACCGCUACGUCACCAUCUUCCAUGCCCUGCAGUACCACAGCAUCAUGACCUUGCACCGCACCAUCCUCAUCCUGGCCGUCGUCUGGACGAUCUGCACAGGCAGCGGCGUGGCCAUGGUGGUCUUCUCCCACCACGUGCCCACAGUGGUUGCCUUUGCAUCGCUGUUCCCGCUGAUGCUGGUGUUCAUCCUGUGCCUCUACAUGCACAUGUUCCUGCUGGCCCGGUCCCAUGCCAGGAAGAUCUCAGUCCUCCCCAGAGCCAACAUGAAAGGCGCUGUCACGCUGACCAUCCUGCUUGGGGUCUUUAUCUUCUGUUGGGCUCCCUUUGUCCUUCAUGUCCUCUUAAUGACCUUCUGCCCAAAUAACCCUUACUGUGCUUGCUACAUGUCACUCUUCCAGGUGAAUGGCAUGUUGAUCAUGUGCAAUGCAGUCAUUGACCCCUUUAUCUAUGCCUUCCGGAGCGCAGAGCUCAGAGACACAUUCAAAAAGAUGAUCUCCUGCAACAGGUACCAGUAG